AUGGGUAAAGCUGAGGUUGGAUCAACAAAGUACGUCGCCAACCGCAUGAAGUCCAAGGGUCUUCAGCGGUUGAGAUGGUACUGUCAAGUUUGCGAGAAGCAAUGCAGAGAUGCCAACGGUUUCAAGCAGCACACGAUGUCCGAAUCUCAUGUUCGCCAAAUGCUUGUCGUUGGCGAAGAUCCCAAGAAGUUCAUCAACCAAUUCAGUAACGAGUUCAAGAGCGAUUUCCUACAGCUUCUCAGGACCGGUCACGGAGAGAAGCAAGUCCAUAUUAACCAUUUCUAUCAAGAGUAUAUUGCCAAUAAAAAUGCAGUCCAUAUGAGUGCCACGACUUGGCCUAGUCUGACCGAAUUCGCCAAGCAUCUUGGCCGCGAAGGCAUUUGCCGUGUAGAGGAGAACGAGAAGGGUAUACAUAUUUCUUGGAUCGACAAAUCACCCGAGGCUCUGAGAAGAACAGAAGCAUUAAGGCGCAAAGAAGCGCAAGAUCAGGGUAAUGAGGAGGUGGAACAACGGAUGAUUCGAGAGCAAAUUAAACGAGCGCAAGCUACCGCCGGCACCCGUGACGAAGAUAAAGAAGAAGAUCCCGAGGCGCGAGAAUUGAAGCGAGAGGAGGGCGAAAAGAUUACGCUAUCAUUUGGUGCGAAACCGGCUGCCCCCGAAACGAAGAUAUCGGAAAGUCCUGCACCAGAUACAGCAACCCCAGAAGGCGAGUCUUCAAAGGCGCCAGAGACGACUAUGGAGAAAGGGAAGGAACCAGAAGCAGCACCCGCAAAGCCGAGCGGAUUUGGUGGGAUAUCGAUGAAGCUUGGCGGAAAGCCUCAGACCAAGAACGUAUUUGCUCAGGCCAAGAAGAACGCCUUUGCUUCAGGGUCAAAGAAGCCAGCCAAGAUUGAACAACCCAAGAAAAUGAGCGAGGCAGAGCGCAUUAUGAAGGAAGAAAUGGAGAAAAAGCGAUCAAGAGAAUCUGCCGACUUUAGCUUCGGUAUGGGCUCUGGUAAGAAACAGAGAAAUAACUAA